CCACAUUCACUUCCCCUCGACUCCGCUUGACGUCAGCAAUUAGCUAUAUGCCAACGAGGACAACUUAAACCGCUAUUCGAGCGCAGCCCUUGUUAAAGCCGCCACGCGCCAUGGCCAUCUUUUUACUGAAGGAUUUUUAUUUCAAUUUCUUGCUUUUAUGGCUCCUCUCCAGCGUGACUCUACUGGGCUCGGCGCUUCCACCGAGGAUGACUUUUAGUCACGAAGAGACUUUGGUUCAAAGUGUCAGCUUGCCUAGUGUCUUCCAUCUGCUUGUGCGGAUUCUUCUGGAAAGAGAUCCUGACAAGCUCACCGCUGUUGGGAAAAGACAUCUGCUUUCAGUCAACUUCCGAAAUCCUUCCAAGACAGCAGAAAGGAAGUUGACGUGGGCCGACUGCGGCGACGUUGGAGCAUCGCAAAGCGAUUGCGACUUUGACGUGGUCGUGGCCCUGGAGAGGGAGGAUGCCGGCCACGUGCUUCUGUGCGGGGCCGACCGUCGAGAGACGAUUUGCUGCGACACGAACCUGUCCGAGGAUGCGCCCUCUUGCAGACCUGCUGACGACCUGGAGAGCAUACGGGGGAGCAUCAGGAGCUUCGUCGUGAAGGGUGGCGAACAUUCUGCCCUGGUUGAAUCGGCGAAAGGUUCCUCCUCGCUGUAUGUCACGUACUCGGGCUCCCAGGAGUACGUCGGCAUCCACAAGUUUGGCAAAAACCGAGUCGGACCCGCAAACCACGAUAAAGAGCAGCACUACUUGGGUUUGUUGCUCAGCAGAUGGCGAGACGACCCUUCGCAGGACCAAGUGUACGCCUUCUACAGGGAGAGAAACAAAGACACAAGCUUGUCCAGCAGCGCGUGGACCCCGUACGUCACACGGGUCUGCGUGGCGGACAUGGGCGGGCCCAAGAACAACCUGCAGUUCACGUGGACCUCUCAGCUAAGCGCCAGGCUCUACUGUGGCGACCAGGACAGCAGACAGAGCUUCUUCGAGCUUGUGGACGUGGCUACCGUGCACGCGGACCGCUGGCAGGACACCCGCGUUUACGCCCUCUUUAGGAAUGAAUGGAACAUGAGCGGCGUGUGCGUCUACGCCUUGCAAGACAUCCGCAGAGUCUUCACCAGCUCGGCGUUUAAAGGCGCGGACCGACAGACGCGGCGGCCAAGGGGGUGUGUUUCAGACAGCACAGCGCUCCCUCUGGACGUCCUGAAGAUGAUCCAGAUGACCUCUGAGAUGGAGCAGUGGGUGUGGCCUGUGAAUAAGUCUGGUCCACUUCUGCUCAGUCAUCACGUGUACACGCACAUCCACGCCGAUGUUGCAGACUCGGAGGAAAGCCCAGUUCUCUUUCUGUCUCUCGCUAGUGGAGGAGUUCACAAGGUGGUGCAGACCCAGAGUCGGGCCUUCAUCAUCGCUGAAUACAGACCUUUCAACCACAGAGCCCACAUCGGCAGCAUCGUCCUCCAUCCUUCCUCUAAGAAGCUCUACCUGAGCUCCACCAGCCAGCUGCUCCAGGUGGAUGCGGCCGACUGCGCCCGCUACGGAGAAACGUGCGAGGAGUGCGUGUUGGCCCGAGACCCGUACUGCAGCUGGGACGGAGCCUCUUGCAACCCUGAUACCAGCGGCGCCCUCGCCAUCCAGGAUGUGACUUCAGGAAAUUACACCAUCUGUACAACCUCGCCUCAUCUUCACCUCAGUAAAGUGAUCGGACCGUCGCGUGCGGGCGAGGUGGUGGUGCCGCUUCCUCCUGAGUCCAAGUACUUCCUGCAGUGCCCGACGUCGUCCCGCCACGCCCUCUACGCCUGGCGUCACCGUGACGAGCAGACGCCCUGCGACUGGAGCCAACAUGGCUGCCUCCUCCUGAUUGACAGCAUGGGCACCCGGCGGGAGGGGGGGUACACCUGUGUCUCUGAGGAGCGGGGCUACAGCCGCGUCCUGGCCCGCUACCGGCUGCUGCUCACCGGAAGCUCGCCGCGUCACUCGGUGAGUCCGCUCCUUCCGCUUUGUCUACUGGCUGCUCUCAUGUGGACAGAGUCCUGGAGAAUAUGAACCCUGUUUAUGUUACUUCAGAACUUCAAAGUCCUUUUGGAAGCGGCACAGAACUUUUUCGAUGCCUGCAAAGCGUGCAAAAAUGUUUAGUUUAUCGGGGCAGGGCCUUCAUCUUUGACGUAAACGCAAGAAAAAUACGUUAUUUCCAUCUUCAAUAUAAGAACAUUUAGCUGAAACGAGCCCCUGAAGUCUUUCAAGGAGUUCAUUUAUGUUCACAGAAGUAACCUUUGUUACGCAAUGCGCCUUUCAAUGUGUUGCAAUGCCACAGUUUGGCCACUAGGAGUCUUUGAUUUUGAGGAACGCUGUUUGUGUUACUGUGCUAUUUAUUAUUCCUGCCACUUUGUUAUUGCUGUUGGAAGUUCACUGUGGAUUAAAUGCAAGUAUUUUGCCAAAUGUUUACUUUUUUAUGCAGCAAAAUGUCAAGUUUCGUCUUUAAAAUAGAAAAAUGUGGGGGUACUAACGAGAAAACAAUAACGUGGCUGUCCCACGGAAAACAAACUGGUAAUAAAUCAACCAUCACAUAAAAAAAAUCAAUGCAAUAGAUUAAAUACUUUUUAAAAUGAAUAAAAGGGUAUUAAAUUAAAAUGAAAUACGAAAACAUUUUCACAAAUGAUUUUUUUCUUACAUUUGUGUUUCAUACUUCUGCUUGCUUUAUAUUCAGGUAAAAUUUAAUUUUUAUAAAUAUCGAAUACAUAUCAGUACACUUUUAAACUUUUUUUUAAAAUCCCACAUUUCUCAUUUAUUUCUUACAUUUGUGUUUCAGACUUCUAUUUUAUAUACAAGGUGCAUUCCCAAUAACAAUAAAUGGGGGAUUUUUUCAAAUAUUGAAUACAUUCUGAUAUGUUUUGAAACAAUUUGAACAUAACAUUUAAAAAAUUCCCCACAUUGUUUCUCAUUCACAUUCGUGUUUUAUACUUAUGCUCAUUUAUAAGAAAUGUCCAAUGUAAAUAAAAUAAACAUAACCCAUAUCAUAUCUACACAUCUACAGUGGUGGGGAAAGCGUUCACCCCCCCUUCCUGAUUUCUUAUUUGUUUGCAUGUUUGUCACACUGAAAUGUUUCAGAUCAUCAAAGAAAUGUAAAUAUUAGUCAAUGACUACAGAACUCAACACUUUAUGCACUUCUUAAAUGUAACGUUUUAUUAUGAAGGAAGAAAAAACAUCCAAAGCUGCAUGUCCCUGUGUGGAAAAGUGAUGUCCCCCUAAAGCUAAUAAGUGGUUGGCCCCCCUUAGCAGCAACAACUGCAAUCAAGCGUUUGUGAUAACUUGCAAUGAGUCUCUUCCAGCGCUGGGGAGGAAUUUAGCAGAAUUGUUGUCAUUCAGCCACAUUGGAGGCUUUUCCUUUUUAAGGUCAUGCCACAGCAUCUCAAUAGGAUUCAGGUCAGGACUUGGACUAGACCGCUCCAAAGUCUUCAUCCAUUCAGAGGUGGACUUGCUGGUGUGUUUUGGAUCAUUGUCCUGCUGCACAACCCAAGUUGCUUUCAGCUUGAGGUCACCAACAUUCUCCUUCAGCACAAUUCAUGCUUCCAUUUAUCACAGCAAGUCUUCCAGUCCUGAAGACCAUCACACUACCACCACCAUAUUUUACUGUUGCUAUGAUGUUCUUUUUACUUUCACGCCCGAUGUAAUGGGACACACAGCUUCCAAAAAGUUCAACUUUUGUCUCGUCAGACCACAGAGUAUUUUACCAAAGGUGUUGAGGAUCAUCAAGAUGUUUUCUGGCUAAAUUGUCCAAGUCCAGGACCACAAGGCUGGCGAACAGCUUUUACCCACUGGCCAUCAGGCUUCUCAACGAAGCACACACACAUGCUGCACGCAACACAAACACACGCAACACACACACACACACACACACACACACACACACACACACACUCAAAACACUUUAUUUAUUUGUAUUAUUUAUCUGUAUUAAUGUCUCUUCUGUUGUUGUUGCUUAAUUUAUUGGUAUUUACGUUUCUUAUGUUCUUAUUUUUCUUGUGUUUUCUUUCUUUUUGGGAGAAUGAACAGAAUAAGAAUUUCAUUGCAUUGCAGAACCACCUGUUUUACUGAGGAUAUGACAAUAAAACUCCGUUUUUGCCGAGUGUCUUUCUUAUGGUGGAGUCAUGAACACUGACCUUAACUGAGGCAAGUGAGGCCUGCAGUUCUUUGGCUGUUGUUGUGGGGUCUUUUGUGACCUCUCAGAUGAGUCGCCACUGCGCUCUUGGUGUCAUUUUGGUUGGCCGGCCACUAGUGGGAAGGUUCACCACUGCUCCAUGUUUUGGCCAUUUGUGGAUAAUGUCUCUCGCUGUGGUUUGCUGGAGUCCCAGAGCUUUAGAAAUGGCUUUAUAAGCUUUUACACACUGAUAGAUCUCAAUUACUUUCUUUGUAGGGGAGGCAACUAUGGGGUGCAAUCACUCUUCCCCCAGUGGGCCACGUACUGUAGGUGUGGAUUUUUUUUUCUCAGGGAGGCAUCCUGACCCGAUGCCAGUGUGGAGCAGCAGUGGUUCUACAAUGAUCUCUAAGGGAGCCCAGCCACCCGACGGAGAAAACUCAUUUGGACAAGAUGGCUUGUACCCGCCAUCUUGUCCUUUCGGUCACUACCCAAAGCUCAUGACCACAGGUGAGGGUAGGAACGUGGAUCCACCGGUAAAUUGAGAGCUUUGCCUUUCAGCUCAGCCCCCUCUUCACCACAACGGACCGAUGCAGAGUCUGCAUCACCGCAGACGCCGCACCGAUCCGCCUGUCCAUCUCGUCUUCCAUCCUUCACUUGACCUCGAGGUACUUAAACCCUCCACUUGGGGCAGGAUCUCAUCCCCGACACUCCACCCGUUUCCAAACGAGGACCAUGGACUUGGACUUGGAGGUGCAGAAUCUUGGCUUAAUUCUUUUUUCACAAAAUGAUUCACAUGUAAAUCAAGAACUACAUUUUAAAAAACAGCGUUGCAACGAUAAUUACCCCCAGUUUGAAAGUAUCUCUCAUGUCAUGCCGCGCAAAACAAAUCAACAGCAAGAAAAAACGCAUGGCAUCAAUUAUCCUUCCUGACGUCCCAGACAGGCUUCACUUGAAAAGUGCUCAAGCACCGCCCCCUUGUGGUGGCGUGUGGCUACACAAUGUAAACCAGCGUAACGCACCAUUUAACAGAGGAAACACACACGACCCUUUCUAACGCCACAUAUUGCAGAAACAAACCAACCAUCCUGUCUGCAACUUCCUGUACAUGUCACACACACACACACACACACACACGCGCGCGCAGAUGUCCAGUCGACGUGCAACAUCUGGACGCCACCGAUCAGAGGAUUAAAUUUGAGAUCGGAUCUGACUCUCCUAUCGGAGCGCAAUGAUGAAUGAAUCCUCCGUCACGGU